CCCACGCGGCAAGAGGCGCUGCUGUUUCCUCCUCUGGCCUUGGCGUGCCCCCCACCCCCGGCCCCACAGCCUCUGCACUGCUCUCUGGCUCUUCUCCCCGCUUUGGAACGCUCUCCUCCGUUGCUCCUUCCCUCGCCCCGCUCUCUCCCUUCCCAGGCCCUGUUCACACAGACAGCUCUCCCCGUGUGUUCUUUACCGUGUCUGUUCAGAGCCCAGCAGGACUUGAUUCUCUCCUCAGUUGCGGGGGCUGCAGCCUGGCCCUGGACGAGACUGAUUCAGAGACAGCAUGGCAGCCGAGGUGAAGGUGACUGGGCAAAACCAGGAGCAGUUCCUGCUGCUGGCAAAAUCGGCCCGUGGAGCUGCCCUGGCCAGUCUCAUCCAUCAAGUGCUGGAAGCACCUGGCAUUUAUGUCUUUGGGGAGCUGCUUGACAUGCCCAAUGUUCGAGAGCUAGCUGACAGCGAGUUUUCCUCUGUCUUCCAUCUGCUCACAGUGUUUGCCUAUGGGACGUAUACAGAUUACCUGGCUGAAGCUGGGAAUCUGCCUCCUUUAACAGAGGCUCAGAAGAACAAACUGCGCCAUCUCUCGGUCGUCACACUAGCUUCCAAACUCAAGUGCAUCCCUUACUCAGUGCUCCUGGAGCAACUUCAGCUUAAGAAUGUGCGCCAACUAGAAGACUUGGUUAUUGAGGCAGUGUAUGCAGAUGUAUUGCGUGGAAGCCUGGACCAGCGCAACCAGCGCCUAGAGGUGGAUUACAGCAUUGGGCGGGAUAUCCGCAGGGAGGAGCUCAGCGCCAUCACCCGCACCCUUCAGGAGUGGUGCCAGGGCUGUGAGGUUGUCCUUUCAAGCAUUGAGGAACAAGUUAGCCGAGCCAAUCAACACAAGGAGCAACAGCUGGGUCUGAAGCAGCAGAUCGAGAGUGAGCAGGUGGCAAAUCUGAAGAAGACAAUUAAGGUGACGACAGCAGCGGCUGCAGCAGCCACUUCCCAGGAUCCUGAGCAGCAUCUGUCAGAACUCCGAGAGCCUGCUCCGGGUACCAACCAGCGCCAGGCCAGCAAAAAGGCUUCCAAGGGCAAAGGGCUCCGAGGCAGCGCAAAGAUCUGGUCUAAAUCAAACUAGCAGGACUCCUGUGUGGCUGGGGAGGACGAGCAGGUGUCCCACGUGUGGUGCUUUCUUCUCCCAGCUGGAUGUCUUUCUGUGCAUCUCUCUCUCCCUCCCUCCCUCCCUCUCUCUCCUUCUCCCCACUCCUCCUUGUAUGUUCCGCUGCGUUCUCUCUCUCUCUCUCUCUCUCUCUCUCUCUCUCUCUCUCUCUCUCUCUCUCUCUCGCUAUCUAGCAAUCUUUCCCACAACUUUUCUGUUUCUCAUGUUGCCAGUUUUUUUCUCUGCCUUGUCUUUCUCUUUGUCUCCCCACCACCACCCCUGUUGUCUUGUGGGGUGCAUUUUAAAGAGCCAUAAAAUAACCUCUGUUUCAAUUACUCUUGCACCAAAAGAAUAUUAUGGAAGCCUGGGUGGAAAUGGAUCUGGCACCAAAUAGCCACUUUAGAUCUGUGGGUGGACCCUUGGAUGUUUGCUCUGGGACACAGCUUGACAUCUCAAUUGUUUGCGUUUGCCGGGAUCGGCAGAGGGGAGGGGCGUGUGCGUGUGUUGGGAGGAUUGUUUUUAAAAAUAGUAUAAAUAUAUAAAGCGAUUUAAAAAUAAAUCUAUGGACAUAUCUACAGGAA